AUGUCUGCCAUGAUGCUCAAGCUAGGACUCAAUAAAUCUGCUCUAUUGUUGAAACCUUCUGUCUUUUCAAGAGCAGCCACCUUGAGCUCUUCGAGGAGGCUGCUUUUUAAUACAGCUAGAACAGGUUUCCUCUCUACCUCGCUACUGAAGAACAUGGCCAGUGAGAUGAACACCAAAGCUGCCAUUGCCGAGGAACAGCUGUUAAACAAACAAAGGGCGAAGAGACCUAUUUCUCCACAUCUUACUAUUUACCAACCGCAACUGACCUGGUAUCUAUCUUCUUUGCACCGUGUCUCGUUGGUGUUCAUGGGACUAGGUUUCUACUUGUUCACUAUACUCUUCGGGGUUUCUGGUCUAUUAGGUCUUGGGUUGACUACUGACAAGGUGUCUAAUUGGUACCACCAGAAAUUUUCCAAGAUAACUGAAUGGUCUAUCAAGGGUUCCUUCGCUUACUUAUUUGCGAUCCACUAUGGUGGUGCUAUUAGACACUUAAUAUGGGACACCGCUAAGGAAUUGUCACUGAAAGGCGUUUACAGGACUGGUUACGCACUUAUUGGCUUCACGGCCGUUCUCGGCACUUAUUUAUUAACUUUAUGA